CCAGCUCCGGCCCGCUUCCAAAGGCGCCACCACCAAUCCUCCUCGUGCUUGCCGAUGUCCGGGCGGUAGAGGAAAGCGGCACCGGUGCUCCGGCCAUGGCCUCUCGCCCCCUCUGCCCAUGACCCCAUGCUAUUCUUCUACUCCUACCAACGCCCCAGCCACAUGCGUCGUCGUCCUCCCUCUCCCAACUUGAUCCCCGCGUCGCCAAUGCUCGCGUGCCAUGACCAGCGCACGGGGGCAAGCCUGAUGAGCUACUAGAUAGAGCUGACUGCUAUUCUGAGCUAGCACAGGUAUUGCUAGCUACCAAGCUCUGCUCCCGCCAUAGCUCUAGCGGAGACGUUGGUGAGCGGCUAGGUAGUAGUGCCUGAGUUCUUGGCGGCUUGGCAUUGCGGCAGCCGCCGGCGGGCCGGGACCGGGGAGCUAGCUUAGGGAGAUUUCUUGUCGAUCGAUCGUCUAUGGUGACGGCGAAGGAGGCCGCGGCGGCCAUGGACGCGAGCAAGUACGUGCGGUACACGCCGGAGCAGGUGGAGGCGCUGGAGCGGCUCUACUACGAGUGCCCCAAGCCGAGCUCGCUGCGCCGCCAGCAGCUCGUCCGCGACUGCCCCGUCCUCGCCAACGUCGACCCCAAGCAGAUCAAAGUCUGGUUCCAGAACCGCAGGUGCCGGGAGAAGCAGCGGAAGGAGUCGUCGCGGCUUCAGGCGCUGAACCGGAAGCUGACGGCCAUGAACAAGCUGCUCAUGGAGGAGAACGACCGCCUGCAGAAGCAGGUCUCGCAGCUCGUCUACGAGAACGGCUACUACCGCCAGCAGACGCAGAGCGUACGUGUCGAUCUCUCUCGUGUCCUCCCUCUCACAUCUUCUUCUUCUUCUUCGCACUGCAAACCAACUCCCCGUCCUCAGCCGCCGGCGACGUUGCAGGCGGGGCUGACGACGACGGACACGAGCUGCGAGUCAGUGGUCACCAGCGGCCACCAGAACGUGGCGGCGGCGCAACCGCAGGCGGCUCAGCCGCGCGACGCGAGCCCUGCUGGGUUGAUGUCCAUAGCGGAGGAGACAUUGACGGAGUUUCUGUCCAAGGCCACCGGGACCGCCGUCGAGUGGGUCCAGAUGCCUGGGAUGAAGCCUGGUCCGGAUUCCAUUGGAAUCAUUGCCAUCUCGCAUGGUUGCGCGGGUGUCGCUGCGCGGGCUUGCGGCCUCGUGGGCAUGGAGCCUGCGAAAGUUGCUGAAAUCCUCAAGGAUCGCCCGUUGUGGCUACGCGAUUGCCGUUCCAUGGAAGUGGUGAAUGUUCUGCCUGCCGGUAACAAUGGCACAAUUGAGCUUCUCUACAUGCAGUUCUAUGCCCCCACCACACUGGCACCAGCUCGAGACUUCUGGCUGUUGCGGUACACCUCCAUUCUUGAUGAUGGGAGUUUAGUGGUGUGUGAAAGGUCGCUCAGUAGCAAGCAAGGUGGCCCAAGCAUGCCUCUUGUCCAGCCUUUUAUCAGGGGUGAGAUGCUUCCUAGUGGGUUCUUGAUCCGGCCUAGCGAUGGUGGAGGAAGUAUCAUACACAUAGUUGAUCAUAUGGACUUAGAGCCUUGGAGCGUGCCUGAAGUUGUGCGUCCACUUUACGAAUCCUCUGCAAUGGUUGCCCAGAAGACGUCUAUGGCGGCUUUGCGCUAUCUUAGGCAGGUUGCGCAUGAAGAUACCCAUUCUGUAAUAACUGGAUGGGGACGGCAGCCUGCUGCUUUAUGGGCUCUGAGCCAAAAGCUCACCAGAGGUUUCAAUGAAGCUCUCAAUGGGCUUGCAGAUGAUGGAUGGUCUGUGAUUGAAAGUGAUGGUGUUGAUGAUGUUUGUAUCUCAGUAAACUCAUCCCCGAGUAAAGUUAUCAACUGCAAUGCAGCUUUCAAUAAUGGACUGCCCAUAGUCAGUAGCAGUGUUCUUUGUGCAAAGGCAUCUAUGCUGCUGCAGGAUGUUUCUCCACCAGCGCUCCUACGGUUUAUGAGGGAACAACGGUCACAGUGGGCUGACAGUAGUUUAGAUGCAUUCUUUGCUUCUGCAAUGAAACCUAAUUUCUGCAAUUUGCCUAUGUCUCGCCUUGGAGGAUUCAGUGGUCAGGUCAUACUUCCUUUAGCCCACACAUUUGACCCUGAAGAAUUCCUCGAAGUCAUCAAAUUAGGAAAUGCCAGUACUUACCAAGAUGCACUCAUGCAUCGUGAUCUGUUUCUGUUGCAGAUGUACAACGGUGUAGAUGAGAACACUGUAGGCACAUGUUCAGAGCUCAUCUUUGCACCCAUAGAUGCAUCAUUCAGCGAUGACUCCCCGCUCCUGCCGUCCGGUUUCCGCAUCAUUCCCAUCGACUCUCCUCUUGACACAUCUAGCCCCAAGUGCACGUUGGACCUUGCCUCCACCCUCGAGGUUGGCACGCCCCGGAGCCGGAUAUCCGGCAGUGGUUCCGGGAACGCAGCUUGCGCCAGCUCCAAGGCCAUCAUGACGAUCGCGUUCCAGUUUGCCUUCGAGAGCCACCUGCAGGACAGUGUUGCAACCAUGGCCAGGCAGUACAUGCGCAGCAUCAUCACGUCGGUUCAGAGGAUCGCGCUGGCACUCUCAUCUUCGCGCCUUGUUCCUCAGGUCGGUGGCAUCAGCCACGCUCCUGCCGCCGCCUCAGCUACUCCGGAGGCAGCCACGCUCUCCAGAUGGAUUUGCCAGAGUUACAGGUUUCAUUUUGGGUCUGAGCUCAUUAAAUCUGCUGAUGCCAAUGGCUGCGAAGCAGGGCUAAAAGCACUUUGGCAUCAUGCCAGCGCUAUACUCUGCUGCUCACUAAAGGCCAUGCCGGUGUUCACGUUCGCGAACCAGUCCGGGCUGGACAUGCUGGAGACGACGCUGGUGGCGCUCCAGGACAUCACCCUGGAGAAGGUGCUGGACGACCAGGGGAGGAGGAGCCUGUGCGCGGAGCUCCCCGGCGUCGUGGAGCAGGGGUUCGCGUGCAUCCCCGGUGGCCUGUGCGUGUCGGGGCUCGGCCGGCCGGUGUCGUACGAGAAGGCGCUGGCGUGGAAGGUGCUCGACGACGACAGCGGCGCGCACUGCAUCUGCUUCAUGUUCGUUAACUGGUCCUUCGUUGCAUCAACGAUGUAGGCCGCUUGGAAGGGAAUCGCACGCGCUGGAUUCACACAUUACGGGGGUGUAAAAUGUUUUUUUUUUGGUUUGGGCAAAGAAGAAUGUAAAAUGGUCGAAGAAUCUGAAUAGUGUUGUACUGUAUUUUGCACGAAUGGAGACGGAUUUUGUUCAAUGCACUUACCAUCUUGCAUCUCC